UCAUUCCAUCCAAUUCAAAUUAAAAUUUCUACUUUCAUACAAGAUUUUAUAUAUAUAUAUAUAUAUAUAGAGAGAGAGAGAGAGAGAGAGAGAGAAAGAGAGAAACUUGGGGGAGAAAAUAAUGGAGUGGAAGAAAUGUUACUUGGACGUAAUAUUGGUGCCCCUGGGGAUUUUAAUGACAAUUUCUUACCAUGUUUACCUAUGGCACCAAGUCCGUACUAAUCCCCUCACCACCAUCAUCGGCACCAACUCCACCGGCCGACGAUUUUGGGUCUCCGCCAUCAUGAAGGAUAACGACAAGAAAAACAUCCUGGCCGUCCAAACACUUCGAAACACCAUCAUGGGAUCUACGCUAAUGGCCACCACUUCCAUCCUCCUCUGCGCCGGUCUAGCGGCCGUCAUCAGCAGCACAUACAGCGUGAAGAAGCCACUAAACGACACCGUUUACGGCGGCCACGGGGAGUUCAUGGUGGCCCUAAAAUACGUAACCAUACUCACCAUAUUCCUCUUCUCAUUCUUCUGCCACUCGCUCUCCAUCCGCUUCAUAAACCAAGUCAACAUCCUGGUCAACACGCCGCAAGACCUGCUGUCGGUUCUGACGGAGGAGUACGUGUCGGAGUUGCUGGAAAGAGGAUUUGUGCUGAACACGGUGGGGAACCGCCUGUUCUACGCAGCUCUGCCGUUGCUGCUCUGGAUAUUUGGACCAGUGCUGGUUUUCUUGUGCUCGGCGACAAUGGUGCCGGUUCUCUACAACCUGGACUUUGUAUUUAGAGGUGGAGCAAAGGGGAAGGUGGAGUCCAGUCGGUCGGACCAAAGUGGGGACCACCAUUUUGGGUCUGUUUAGUUUUUUUUUUUUUAAUAAGAAUGCAUUUUGUAAAACCAUGAUACACUAGUUAUCAUCGUGUAUAUAUGUAUAUGCGCAUGCAUUAUGUGUUAUGUGUAUUAUGCAUCACUCCGGCAGUGAAGGUUGAUUAAUUUGCGUCGUGGCCAUUAAAUAUCUUAUGCAUGCGUAGAGUGGGUGUGUCAUUUGGCACUACCGGCAACUUUUUGCCGGCAGGUUGUAUCGUGUAAUUGGAUGUGCAGUAUGUUGCUGGUGGCUACUUUGUCUUUUCCACCAAAUUAAUUAUGUAAUUAGUCCAAUAAAAUCUAAGAUUAAUGA